GCGCCUCACCGCGCACGUCCUUCAGAUGUUGUCCAGCGCGGUGCUGGCCGUCGUGCUGCUGCUGCCGGUCGCCCUGGCCUCGGACAGGAACUGCACCUGCCCGUCGUCACCUACCCCCGAGGACUCCCCCGUGUGCGGCAGUGACGGCCGCACGUACUCCAGCGAGUGCCAGCUGCAGUGCGCCGACCAGCCCGGACUCCACGCCGCCCACCCGGGACCGUGCAACACGACGGGGGUCGCCAGCCGCCAGCGCCGCUACACCGUGGAGUACCCGGAGUGGAGGAAAUGUGUCGACGACCGUCAGCAGUGUAACGGGAACUGCAAAGAGUGCGGCGCGGACGACUCGAAGUGCAAGACGAUGUGCACCUGGAACUGCGUGUGCGGCUGCGCGGGGCUGCCGACGGGCGGGCUGGACAGGGACUCGAACGAGCGGUCGGACCAGUGCAUGAAUGAGAGGAAGUGCACCGAGAGUAAAAGCGCUGAGUGUACGAAGAACUGUGGUGGCAAUCAGUUCUGUAGGAACUUGUGCCACAUGGACUGGGUGAGGUGCGGCUGCAGCUGCGUCCAGCACGUGGCAGACACCAGGACAAGUACCACCGCAGCGCCUACAAGUACCACCACAGCGCCUACAAGUACCACCGCAGCGCCUACAAGUACCACCACAGCGCCUACCACCAGUACCACCACAGCGCCUACAAGUACCACCACAGCACCUACAAGUACCACCACAACGCCUACCACAAGUACCACCACAGCGCCUACGACAAGUACGACCACCCCGCCUGCGACGAGCAGCAGCGCCACUGCCGCAACGAACAGCACC